AUGGAUAAUUUACCUGCCGAAGUACUACUGGGCAACGAUUUGGGCCCCAUGACUUCUGCCUAUGCUCCAGUGGACAACAACGAGGCAAACCCAGUGACUACCAGAGCCCAAGCCCGAACGGAGCAAGAACUAUCACCGGUGCGGGAGACACAGUUCACAGCGGUGCUGCUGCUCCUUGGAGUCACCACUUUGAUGUCUGUCCAAUGCCUGGAUCUUCAUCGUCAUAAAGGAUGUCCACCUGCCACUAAAUUCCCACCUACGGUGAAAGUCAGCCUAAAUAUGAGUGGACAGGACUCGCCUCUCCUGAGUGGUGAUGUGAGGAAGCGCUCCACCUCUCCAUGGGAGUACAGCUAUGACAAAAACAUCCACCGACACCCUGUGGUUAUUGCCGAGGCCAAGUGUGAACUUUCCGGAUGCAUAGACGCCGAGGGCAAAGUGGACAACGACUUAAAUUCCGUCCCCAUCAAACAAGAGAUCCUGGUCCUUCACCGUGAGAUGAAGGGGUGCGUCCCCGUCUUCACGCUGGAGAGAAAGAUUGUGACCGUGGGCUGCACCUGCGUACGAGCCGUCACCCAAGAGCAGCAAUAGAGAGGAGAGGAUCCAGCUCCGGCAU